GUGUGUAAUAAAUUGGGCACAACACAUUGGCUAUUAUAUCAUCCGGACGAAGCAUUAGCAUAUUAUCAACAAUCAUUAAGUGUUUGUCAACAAUUAUCCGAUCUGGAAAGCAUGUUGGAAUUAUAUAAAGCGAUGGCAAAUAUUCAUUUUAAGAAAGGAAUGAUGGAUGUAUGCCAUUCCUGUUUACGAUGUUAUCUAACACUUGCCAGUAUAUUAUCAAAGGAAACAGCUCGUUUAAAUGGACUUAUAUCAAUUGGACGUACAUUAUUACUUCGUCAACGAUACAAAGAAGCCAAGAAAAUUUUUACUAAAGUAUUGAAUUUAACGAGUGAAAGAGAGAAUCGACGUGAACGUGGCCUGAUUUACGGUUAUAUAGCAGAGUGUUACCUUGGAAUGAAUGAUAAAUCAAAGGCACUACUUAAUUUUUGCAAACAAAUUCCAUUUUUUGAUGAUAUCGAUGAUAUCGAAGGGAAGUGUGAAACAUUGAGACAUUUGAUUGAAGAAAAACGGUUAAUUAAAGAUGUUAAUUGGGCUAUACGACUUUGCAACAAUCGAAUUGAUCUAUCAAAAAUGGGAUCAAUUGAUUUACAGGUUCAAGUUUUGAAAGAAUCAGCAGAAGUAGCUGAAAGCCUAUCGAAAUUAUGGGAAGCAUGCAAAUUUUUAGAAAAAGCAGUAAUACUAUGUAUUGCUAAUAAAUGUGGCAACAUUUUAGAUUUAUUAUUAAAUUUAAAAAAUAAAUAUUUGAGAUGUAAUGUAAGAAAACGAGCUAUAAUGCUAUUUCGAGAAUGCUCAGAUGCUGUAGCAAUUCAUUCAAAUGAGCAACUUUCAAUAUUGUUAGAACUUAGCAAAUUGGAAUUGGAAGAACGUUUGAUAAAUGAUGUUAUCACUCAUAUCACAGAUGUAAAGGAAAAUUGUCAAGAUAAGGAAUCGAAGGCGAUAUGCGAAUAUAUUCUUGCAUGCGCCUAUUAUGAUGAUAGAAAUUACACAGAUGCGUUGUAUCAUAUGCAAAAUUUUGAAAAUUUGAAAAAAAACUUAUCAGUAAAUCAAAAAGAAAUGCUUAAAUUAGAGCUUUUAUUGAUUGAAUGGAAUUACAAUGCUUCAGAUCAUGUAAUUGAAGCAAUACAAGAUAUUGCUAUGAAAACCGAUUCACUGACAAUUCAUCGGAUUUUGGAUGAAUCAUGCUUAUAUGAUUUACUAAAUCAUGAAAAAUUAUCAAAAAUAUCCGCAAUACAUUGGAUGAUGACAAGGGGCGACUUUAUCACUGCCAAACAUUUCUUCGAUUUACAUAAAAAUACUUAUCAAAAUAGUACAGAAUAUACCGCUGAUAUGGCAUUAUUUUACUGGAAUGAACGAAAAUUCCAACGAAAAUAG